CACCACCACUUAUUGGCCUCGACUCACAGCUAUAAGCCUAGAAGGGCUCCCGUCUCUGCUCUUUUCAAGUUACCAGAUGAGCUUACCCCCCCUGACUUAAAUUGUCCUACUACCACACCUCCCGCAAUCGCACGUCGAUCAGCAUGCCUCCUAAAGCAGCUCCAUCGGCCUCUCGCUCGACGAGGAAAACUGCGACCUCAUCGGCGCAGAACGACGAGCAAAAUGCAGCAUCCCAACCCGCUACAGACAAUACACCAUCAAAUCCGCUCUCUGGACGACCCCCGGUCCAGCGCCUCCAGUCAUUAAACAAACGCACGCCAGGUGGUAGCAUUAGCAAUAGAGCUUCUAUUGGUCUCGGUGAUCCCAGUCAAUCAAAGCCGGAAUUAAAAUACAAACCUCGUGCUGCGAAUCGCCGUACGAAAGAAGCGCGGGAUGCUAUACUAAAAUUAGAGGAGGAGAGACAACGCCAGAGAUUAGCAGAUGCGGCAGAAAUCCAAAGAUCCCGAAUGCCUAGGGCUCCGAGGGCGAGGGGUGGCUUCCGAGGUCGUGGAGGGUCGUUUAUGCAAACAAGUGGCCCGAUGAGUAUGGGAGCGGCCAAGCGCGGUCGUGGCGGUCGAUUCGAAGUAGAUUCGCAUGUGUCCUCAGUAUCCAGACGCAGUAUGUCUGGGUUACCUGGAACAACGGGUGGUGAUCCGGAUCUAGGUUACUCCUCAGACGAAGAUGAACAUGCUGCUCGAGUCAGCAUCGAUCAGAUCAACUUAGACGACGACGAUUUAAAAGAUGGAGAUGACAUUGUUGUGGAUAAGAAGGGUAAAAAGGCUGUCAAAUCCUCACAUAUGUCCACCAUCAGAGUUCCACUGCCUGUGCGAGUCCCUCGACAUGAACACGAAGAGCGAGUGGUCGGUGUGAACACAGAAGCGAGCUCGAGUACGUCGGCAGAGUUGCGACGCCAAGCGAAGGAAAAGGCCAAUACGGAUGGUAGUCUUUUUGUUGACGAAGCUCCCGGGGCUGUAGAAAAACCUGAAGAUGACAAUAUCAAGCCAGAACCGACAGACGGUGAUGUAUCUAUGACUGAUGUGCCACAUGUCGGUGCAGAGACUGCGGACGAGGAUGAAACGCCCCUUCCUAUGCAGAUCGCCAAAGCUCGGAAGAAGGUCACAGUCAAAGAUCCUCGAGGUUUACUACGAACAAGGGAGGACAUAGAGGAGUUUGAUCGGCAUAAUGAGGACCUUAGGGUAAUGAAGGGUCUUCUGACGCUAGAGGGAGAGACAACUUCCGAAAAGAAGAAAAGCGAAACUGAAGGCGUUGAAACUAACGGCGCUCAAGAUCCAAAGGAAUCACUUGAAGAAGAGGAGCCGUCUAUGGAAAAAAACGCUGGAGAAUUAUUCCUGAUACAAUUCCCUCCAUUGACACCGAAUCUAGUUGUACCUGGCACGGGAGAGCCCGUUGGAUCAGGAAACCAACCCGGUAUUGACGACGACGACGUCGCCUUCACGCACUCCAAUGCCACCCUAGGGGAACCCGAAGUAAAGAGAGAGGAUGGAGACGAACCCACCAGGGUUAGUUUCGCAGCGACGGCAUCGAAUCCACUUGUAACUGCGACAGAGCGGGCCCUUCCAGCCGGGCGCGUGGGACGUCUCAAUCUUCACAAGUCGGGCAGAGUAACAUUGGACUGGGGGGGCAUCAGCUUUGAGUUAGACAAGGGAGCCGAUGUCAACUUUGUACAGGAGGCAUUGAUUGCCUCGAAGUCUCCCGAAGUGUCUGGAGAGAAAGACAAUACUGAGGAAAAAUGUGUAUGGGCCAUGGGACAACUGAGUGGUAAAUUUGUUGCCAGUCCUGAGUGGAAUUCAUUACUAUGAUUUAUCUACGCGCCAAUUGAUAAGACAUAUUUCAUAUCGACGUGAAUCGCACACUACCACACCUGUAUAGACUAGGAUCCAAAUCAGCAAUCUCGAUGCCAGACGAAAUCUUUUAGGAACAAAACCGCUUUGACUGAUACAAGUAUUAUAUUCAUAUUUCUUUCCGAUAUACAAACAUGCCAUUAUAUGAAAAUGGCCAAUGAGCUCGUCUGCAUUUGUCCAGUUCACGAUGUUCUCCACAUCUUACACUUCU